GAGCCCCCGGAGCCCCCCCGGAGCCCCCCGGUGCCCCCACCCCAGCCGCGGUGCCGGGCGCUGCCCCCCGGCGGCUUGGCGGAGCAGGUAGGGAGGAUGGAGGCCGCCUUGCUGAAGCCGGCGAUGAUGGCGGAGGUGAAGGGGAGCGGCUCCGGCCCGGCCGUCAGCGCCGAGCUGGAGGUGAAGAAGCUGCAGGAGCUGGUGAGGAAGCUGGAGAAGCAAAACGAGCAGCUCCGCAGCCGAGCCGCAGCCGCCGCCGCCACCCCCGGCCCGCACCUGCUGCUGGCCCCCGGGGGGCUGCGCCCCUCCAGCCCCCCCGUGCCGCCCUGCGUGCCCAGCCCGGCGCCCCCCGCUGCUGUGCAGGAGCCCCUCGCCUAUUUCAAGCCCUCUCCCGGCGGCGGGGGGCAAGAAGUAGGCGCCCCGGGGGCUGCCACGGUGCUGGACGAGGUGGCGGUGCUGGAGCUGGAGGAUGGAUGCUGCGGGCAGGACGAGGAUACGUGGUUGUAUGUCUUGCCUACCAAGACUUUUACCCUUCAAGAGAAGUCACUGAGUCCUCUGCAGUGGUGCAGACGUGUUCUGGAUCAUCCAAGUCCUGAGAUAGAGGCUGCAAAACGUUCCCUAUGCUUUAGAUUGGAACAAGCUAGCCGAUGGCGGAACCUCUUCUCUACACCUGUCUCCUUGGCUUUUCCCUAUAGUCCCGUUGCAAGACUCACCCCAUAUACCAAUGGCUUUAAUAGUCCCAGCUUCUCUAAAACCUCCAGUAAAGCAAUACUAACACCUGAACGGACAGGUUACAUUUCUAGAAGUUCCCCUUUGAGCCCACAGUCAUCAAUAGACAGUGAGCUGAGCACCUCAGAGCUGGAGGAUGACUCAAUCUCCAUGGGAUACAAACUGCAGGACCUCACUGAUGUUCAGAUCAUGGCUCGUCUACAGGAAGAGAGCCUUAGACAAGAUUAUGCUACAACUUCAGCGUCAGUGUCAAGACACAGUUCGAGUGUAUCACUGCACUCAGGAAAGAAGGGGACAUGCAGCGACCAGGAAUAUGAUCGCUAUAGCCUUGAGGACGAGGAAGAGUUUGACCACCUCCCGCCUCCACAACCACGCCUCACCCGCUGCUCCCCCUUCCAGAGAGGAAUCCCACAUUCACAGACUUUCUCCAGUAUUCGGGACUGCAGGAGAAGCCCAACUUCCCAGCACUUCCCUUCAAGUACUUACCAGCAGCCCUACUAUUCUCCUCAAGCCCAAACACCAGAGCAGCAACCAAAUAGGAUUAAUGGAGAUAAACUCCGAAGAAGCAUGCCGAACCUAGCUCGGAUGCCAAGUACUCCCACCAUUAACAAUGCUGCUGGCUUUGCUAGUUCUCCAGUCACUGUGAGGAACAGUCAGAGCUUUGAUUCCAAUCUACAUGGAGCGAGUAAUGGGAUUUCAAGGAUGCAGUCGUGUAUUCCAUCACCAGGACAGCUUCAGCACAGAGUUCACAGUGUGGGACAUUUUCCAGUGUCUGUCAGGCAGCCUCUCAAAGCUACUGCCUAUGUAAGCCCAACUGUACAAGGCAGUAGUAUUCCAGUGUCCAACAAUUUACAGCUAUAUUCUAACACUGGGAUCCCAAUGCCAAACAAGACUGCUAGUCAAGGGACUGUGGGGCGCAGUGCUCUUCCAAGACCCUCGUUGGCCAUCAAUGGGAGCGGCAUACCCAGAAGUAAAAUUGCACAGCCAGUUCGAAGUUUUCUUCAGCCUCCUAAGCCACUUUCAUCACUGAGCACGAUGCGGGAAGGAAACUGGAGAGAUGGCUGCUAUUGAUGAAAGAUGCCCAUGAACAGUGGAAAAUAAGUAACGUGGAUUUCAUUACCCAGCUGGCUGGGGUAACAAUGACUUGGGAAAGGAGGGUCGUGCAGUAUUAUUUCCCCUGGGAUUUUAAUAUGUAAACAUCCAUAAUGCAAUGCCAUUUUU